CGUCUCAGCUGUAUCUCAUGGGAGAAGGUUGGAAAAACUUUACACGCCGUCUGAUCCAGUUGUACUGUGUGUAUUUACCUUGUAUUUAUCCAGAGAGUCUCAGCAUUGAGGCGAUCGCAGGAAAACCAAACGGAUUCGUGAUGAAAGGGAGAAAAACGCGGAAUCUAAUGUAGAUUUACAAGCUCGCGGAAAUUUGACAAGGAAUCCGAUACUUACUCUGUUCAAGUGGGUUACAUGCUGCUCCUGGUGACUGGAUUUCACACAAUUCCCUGGGAAUUGUGAAACCUGCCCCUGUUGUGUUUGAAGGCUUAAUCACUCUGUAACGGUGUCACUCAAGUACUACAGUAACGGAAGUGCCAUGGGGAUCCAUCGCUACUUUUUCAUCUGCAUCUUCAUUGUUGCUGCCGUUGCAACAGAAGAUCUACAAGCCUUAACGCAAGCUCAGAACAAAACUCCGCCUCGUAUUAUUGGCUGCUAUUCCCGUGAACUCAUAACGUUCCGAUGCCACUGGGAUGUUGGAACUUUCUGGAAUCUGACGGAGCCGGGCGACCUGAAACUGUUCUACAUGCUGAAGGAACCGAAGAGUGAUGGCAAAUGGCAGGAGUGUCCAAACUACAGCACGACAGUGGAAAAUGAGUGCUACUUUGAUGCCAAGCACACAGUUAUCUGGUCACAUUAUUUCAUCCAGCUGCGCUCACGAACCAACAUUGUUUACGAUGAAAUGUUCUUUUCAGUGGAAGCAAUUGUAUUUCCAGACCCACCUGAAGUGCUGAACUGGACUUUGUUGAGUGUGGGCCCAACUGGACUGUUCUGCGACGUGAUGGUGAACUGGGACAUGCCCCCUUCGGCAGCAGACAAUGUGAAGAUUGGAUGGAUGACGCUUUGGUAUGAGACCCAGUACAGAGAGACAGGCUGUGAGCAGUGGAAAUCUAUUGAAAAUGGCAAGGACAUGCAGGCAAACAUCUACGGCCUUCGCACAAACACAGAGUAUGAAGUUAGGGUGAGGUCCAAAAUGAGGGGCUACACCUAUGGGAAUUUUGGUGACUCCAUCUUCAUACUUGUUUCCAACAAAGGCCCAAGAGUCCCCAUAUCUGCAGUGUUUAUACUUAUGGCUACUGCUAUUGGAAUCAUGCUGAUCCUGAUUGUGGUGUCACGUAAACAGAAGCUAAUGGUGAUUCUGCUACCACCUGUUCCUGGACCAAAAAUUAAAGGAAUUGAUCCAGUCCUCCUACAGAAGGGUCAGAUAACUGAGUUCACCUCUGUCCUGGGUGCUCACCCAGACCUGCGUCCAGAGCUGUACAGUAACGACCCAUGGGUGGAGUUCAUACAGGUGGACAUUGACGAACCGACCGAAACGAUGGAAGACUUGGACACACCACUCCUCUUCAGCGAAUCCCAUGUCUCUGACUCCCCUCCGACAUCCAACGUGUUCCAGGAUGAUGACUCAGGACGGGCCAGCUGCUGCGAUCCUGAUCUGUCUGAUCAUGAUCACCAUGAUGCUCAACACCCCUCAGUCAGUGCCCAAGAUGGCUUUCACACUUUGAUCCCUCCUGCUAAUAUGCAACCUGUGGUUUCUCCUGCUCAGGAGCCUGCAUGGCAGAAUUCCAUUUACUCUCAAGUAGCUGAAGUCAUGCCGUUUGGUGAGACAGUGUUGUGCCCAGAGCAGAACAUGACUGAUGACUGCAGUAUUCAAGAUAAUGCUACCAAAUAUAAAGAGAAAAUGCCCUGCUUUAUGGUGACCCUCAAUGAAAGAGGUUACAGUGUCAGUCAGCCAAGCUCAUUCACUGUAGACCCUGGCUCAGAAAGCAACAGUACUCCACAAUCGUGUCAGAACACCAGUGCAAAACCAGAGGUGACACACAUCGUCUCUGCUUUUCCUAUCCUCACUAUGCUGACUCCUCCAGAAUACACCAUGGUGGAUGAAGUCGGCUGGAAAGAUAGCCUUCUUUUGAAGACAAGCAGCGCAGCAGCUUCUAUUGUAGCUGUGCCAAAAUCUGGACCUACUCCUGAGGGAUAUUUGACUCCUGACCUACUAUACAGCAUUACUCCAAAUAAGUAGUGCCAAAAAUGUACUGAGGUGGGAUUUGGAGAUUAAAAUGGAUUAACUAUAAAACAUUUUGCAUAUCGUUAUCCAACACCAAACAAGACUGAGCUAAACCAUUGGAAGCCAAGCAGAUUUCUUAUUGACUGAAAUUACAUGACCUGUUUUAUUUUCUGAGCUGUAUAAAUAGUGCAAAUCAUAGCUGAUUUCUGUUUACCACUUUAAGGGCUGAUGCCUUUUUCUAAUGGUAUACUUUAUCUACGUGGAUUUGUAUUUGUAAAAUCUUGUGGUUUGAGUAGUGAACUUUUACAUUUAUAAGGAACCUGCUAAUUUGUUUACAUACAAUAAUUCUGACGUCUAAAAGUAGCAAGCAUAAGCUAAUUUCUCCUAAAGUGCACUUGUAAGUCCAAAGCUUUGUCUUUUAAAACCCAGAGCAGUAUGUACCCAGGAUACAACUGAAAUGCCUCUUCUUGUUGCGCUACUUUACUUGUGGUUUUCUGUUCUGUGGCUCUGCUUAGCAAGUUUGUAACAAAUGUCAAAAGGUAUGACCCUCUUGGUGGCUUGUAAAAUUAUAUAUAAUAAGAUAUACUGUGCCUUGUAAAAGUAUUCAUACCCACUGUACUUUUCCACAUUGUCAUGUUACAACCACAAACAAAAAUGUCUUUUAUUGGGAUUUGAUGUGAUCGAGCAACACAAAGUGGCACAUAAUUGUGAAGUGGAAGGAAAACAAUACAUUUCUUUCAAAUAAAUAUCUGAAAAGUGUGGU